ACCUGAUUAUGUAUACUAGAGUUGUGACUGCCGAAGAGAUAACCUUGAAAAGUUCUGUACGAUGAUGUUAACAAAUUACCGUUUAAAGAGGUAUACGUUAGAUUUUCAAUUUUUUACGUUUCAAAAGAGUGCAUCUCGUGCACUCUACGUUGCGUAAUAAAUAUGUGGACAUGUACCCUGAAGAACUUUGUUCUUGGAUUCCCGUUGCCGCUGGAUUUGCCAGCUGUGAUAUUUGCUUUAAGUUCCAGGAAGCCUCAAGGUUCUCUUGAUCACAAAGAAUAAUAAGAGAAUGACACAGGCAUGUUUUGAAAUAGCAUUGAAAUUUAUAACACCGAAGCUCGAUCAAUACGCGUGCAUAGAGCAUCGCUGAUAUUAUUUGUACAUCGUUAAAAAUCAAAAGAUUCAAUGUGAAUUGUGAUUGAAAUAAAAAUAAAUUGCCUAAGAUAUAUUCAAAAUUUAUUUAUUACAUUAAAAUUCCAUAAAGAUUAGAGUUGCGACAAUACGAUCACAAAGUUGAGGUUAUGCUUGAGCGGGAUAAUGGAAAUUAAUACUUAAAUUAUCUCUGACGCAUGGAUCAAUAUUUAAAACAAAAGCCUGUCAAUAGUCAAGAAAGAUUUAUUCAGAAACUAAUAAAAUUCAUUUUGAGUCUUAAACUUAGUACUUUAUCCUGGCGAAAUAAGAGUGAGUAAAAGGCGUAAGAAAACUGGAUAAUGAAAAAGCUAUUAGCCAUUGAAAAAAGUACCCAGAAAAGGCAGACACGGAUAUUUUUACUUUAAUAAAGAAAAUAAGUCAAGGUAAACCCACCAAUCGGAUAAACAAGACAAGAACGAAGUAAAACUUUCACCAAGCUUCUUCAUUGAAGAAAGUAAUAGUCCAAUGUCGAGAAAAAGAAAGUCCGUAAAGUGUAAUUCACAAAACUCUACCUGUAUAUAUAAACAAAAACUACAAGAAGAAAGUAAAUAAAAGAAAACCUAAGUAAAGCGUAUAAAAGCGUUAAAAGAUAUCAGACUACGCGGAAGCGAUAAGUGAUAAUGAUAAAAUUGGUUUGAUGAACUUGAAAAAGAUAUAUUAUUCAACAAAAUAAAAACACCAAACCUUAUAACCCUGUAACAAUGAUCGGGCUUUCGAGUAAUCCUAAGUUUGUUAAUUCGCUGAAACCUGUCCACAAGCAUCUUCACUCCUGUCAUGUGAUACGUGAUAAGUAUUAACGUGCGUUCCGUAUCUCGCGAAGAUGCGAACGCUAACCAAAAGACCAAUUUGCCGGACAAAUUGAAUGUGAUUUAUGUUUACUGUCCGUUAUGACGUUUCGUCUUUAGUAGAGACGCCAGCGCGCAUGCGCAGACGCGUGAUCCACUCCUACGCUGAUUAUCCUGUUUUAUCUUAUCCUUCGGACACGCCAUUUAUAUACCCGGUGUCCUGGGUCAAAGUAAGAACAAAAAAUCGUGUUCAACAUCUGUGACUACGUGUCAAAAGAGUGCACACACCCAAACACACACACACACACACACACACACACACACACACACACAUAUAUAUAUAUCUAAAUGUUAACGUUUAAGAUCAGGUGAGAGUCCUCGGGAAUCGAGCGAGCCUAACUGACACGACUAGUUUCGUUCUGUCGUGUAACGCGGCGUGAGUGGACGAAUUUAAAAGAGUUCGCGCAACGUACCCACAUUUAAUUACAAAUAACGCGGUGUUAAAACGAAUUUCUGUUAUGGAUAAUAAAUUCAAGAUAUUUUGACUGAUCGUUACGACGAAGAAAGACAUUCUCGAGACUUCAUGAAUAUUGUAUGUAAAAAUGUAAUGACAGCGUGAAUUUAAGGAUUUAUUAAAAGUAUACAUUGACGUUUUGAAUGAUUUCAUUAAAAAGUAAUAAGUGACCGAUAAUUAACUCCUGCAUAUAACUAAUUAACUCCACAAAGUGAAAAAUCUUUAAUUUUAUAUUACUUAUGUUUAACGAAAGAUCUGAUGUUUUGUCGAUGGACUAGAGUGUAAAUAUUUUUUAUUAAAUACUAAAAGCAGCAAGUACCACGUGAUUUUUAUCAGAAAGAAUAUCAGCUUUAAUAAUCGGUGAUGAAAAUUAUUAAGUAAACAAUGUACAUACCAAGGCGAAGGAAAAGAAAAAAAAAGAUGACAAAAGUGAAUGUGUUAAGGCUGGUCAGGAGAAGAAUACCCAUAACAAGAUGGUUACCUGCGUAUACCACCCACGAUGUCGUAAGUGAUCUCGUGGCAGGUCUUACAAUUGGAUUAACAUUGAUACCGCAGGCUAUCGCAUACGCUGCCCUGGCAGGCCUGGGACCACAAUACGGACUUUACAGUGCUUUCGCGGGAAGUUUGGUGUACAUAUUUCUGGGCACCUGCCCGGAAAUAAAUAUCGGUCCCACAGCACUUCUUUCACUACUGACCUUCACUUAUGCCAGAGGGGUGCCAGAGUAUGCCAUUUUACUUUGUUUCUUGUCAGGAUGCGUGACAAUGACUCUUGGCAUUUUACGAUUAGGAUUCCUCGUGGAAUUUGUUUCCACGCCAGUGGUGUCCGGAUUCACAUCAGCAGCGAGUGUAAUUAUCGCCUGUAGCCAAAUAAAAGGUAUCAUCGGUGUGUCCAUCAAGAGCGAAGGAUUCGUAGAAACGUGGGAGGAACUUUAUAACAAUAUUAAUAACUCAAGGAUGGCGGAUUUAAUUCUUUCCUGCUGUUGUAUAAUUUUUCUUCUCACGCUGAAGAGAAUAAAGGAGACUGAAACUACCAAUAAACUAAUGAAAAGAACCUUGUGGUUCCUCGGGACAGGAAGGAACGCCAUAUUGGUAAUAGCUUGCGCCAUCAUGUCCUACGUUUUUGUAUGUCGCACUGGAGAAACGCCUUAUCUUCUUACUGGUCACAUCGACUCGGGACUUCCAAGUUUUAAUCUGCCACCGUUCUCCAUUACUACCGGAAAUGACACCGUCGGAUUCCUCGAGAUGUGUAAAACUCUUGGUACAGGCAUCAUCAUUGUUCCCCUGAUCUCAGUCAUAGGGAACGUUGCUAUAGCAAAAGCAUUUUCACACGGAAAGACCUUGGACGCCACACAAGAAAUUUUAACGUUGGGAGUCUGCAAUGCGGUUGGCUCAUUCUUUCAUUCCAUGCCAGUGACUGGAUCAUUUUCAAGAAGUGCUGUGAGCAAUGCAUCUGGUGUGAAAACACCUAUGGCUGGUUUAUAUACAGGAUCAAUUGUUAUACUUGCUCUCAGUCUUCUGACACCAUAUUUUUAUUACAUUCCAAAAGCAACGCUCAGCUCUGUAAUAAUUUGCGCUGUCAUCUUUAUGAUAGAAGUCGGCAUGGUGCAACCUAUUUGGAAAUGCAGCAAAAAGGAUUUAAUCCCAGCAUUAACCACAUUCUUCGCCUGCCUGUUUGCAGGAGUUGAGUUAGGAAUUAUAAUUGGCGUGGCUAUAGAUUUAGCUAUUCUUCUGUACUUUAACUCAAGGCCAAUAAUGUACAUAGAAUACAGAAGUACUCCUGCACCAGGAUACAUUCUAGUCAGACCCAGCGCAGGACUCUUGUUUCCCUCUGUUAACUAUGUGCGAAAACACUUAACAGAAGCAAUUGCUGAAAAACAUCAGAAGAGUGUUAAUAAUCCAAGAGCAAUGACGAACGUCGUAUUGGAUUGUAAACAUAUAGACAGGAUAGACUUUACUGCUGUUCAGGGCCUGAAUGCUGUGAUAAAGGACUUAAAGAGUCGCGAUUGUAACUUUGUGAUGCUCCAAGCAAGACAAGAAAUAUUACAAUGUGUUCAGUCCUUUUCAAAUGAUCCAAUAUUGACUGCGCACUCCGAAGUAGAACUCAUUACCAUCCUGAAACACCUUGUAAUGAAAAAUCGUACAUUGACAGAAACAAGACUGAAAAUAUUGAACUUACCAAAUGUCAAAAAUAGAUCUAACGAAGAAGAAACAGUUAGCACAAAUCUAUGAUUUUAUACGGAACAGCAGGAAGAAUAAAGUACACAAAUAUUUAUAAGAAAAAGAUUCCUAUGCGAAGUACCUUCAAAUAAAUGAUCAAGACAACGUACAUCAAA